AGAUGGGUAUUCAGGGCCUUCUUCCCUUGCUCAAGAGCAUACAAAAGCCUACUCAUCUUCGCAACUUCGCCGGUCAGACCCUCGGAGUCGAUGCAUAUGGCUGGCUCCAUCGAGGUACGGUUGCUUGCGCAAUCGAGCUUGCCGAAGGGAAACCAACGAGAAAGCAUAUCGAUUUCGCCCUCCAUCGAGUACGGAUGCUCAUUCAUUUCGGCGUAACACCAUACAUCGUCUUCGAUGGCGAUUACCUACCAAGCAAGUCACAUACGGAAAAGGAACGUGCUGCCAGGAGAAAGGAAAGCAAAAGAGUCGGACUGGAGCUACUUCGAAUGGGACGGACAUCACAAGCACAUCUCGAACUCCAAAAAGCAGUAGAUGUCACACCUGUGAUGGCAAGGGAGCUGAUUGAAGAGUUGAAGCGCAUGGAUGUUCCAUACGUCGUUGCGCCCUUCGAAGCCGAUAGCCAACUGGCAUAUCUGGAGCAGCAAGGAAAGAUUUCUGGCGUGCUCAGCGAGGACUCCGAUCUGCUCGUCUUUGGUGUGAAAUGCCUUCUCACGAAGCUGGACCAGUAUGGCGAGUGCAUCAUGGUCAAUCGCGCAGACUUCACCUCGUGUCGUGACAUAAGUCUUGUCGGCUGGGCUGAUAAAGAGUUCCGGAUCAUGGCAAUGCUCAGCGGCUGCGAUUAUCUACCGGGCAUUGACAAGAUGGGUCUCAAGACUGCAUAUCGGUAUGUGAGGAAACACAAGACGGUCGAGAGGAUCGUGCAAGCCGUUCAAUUCGAGGGCAAGAUGAAAGUGCCACCCGGCUAUCUGGAGGCAUUUCUCAAUGCUGAGCGGACGUUCUUGCAUCAGUGGGUGUUCUGUUCCGACACACGCGGCUUGUUGAACCUGACGCCUCUACCGUCUGGAGUUGACGCCGAAAGCAUGCCGUACAUUGGCAAGACUGUUGAUGCGGAGCUGGCUGCAGGCGUUGCUUGCGGUGAUCUCGAUCCGAACACGAAGCUUCCAAUUGUUCUGCCACAGAGAUUUCAGAACAGAUUCCAGAACCCAGCUUCGCGCAGCACGUUGAUACAGACUCCAGACGAGAAACACGGCAAACCCAUAUCGGACUUCUUCAAGGCGAGACGCACGCCUCUAGCAGAACUCGACCCAAACUCCUUUACACUUUCGCCCAGCCAGCAACAGACCAGCGAGUCACAACGGAACGCAUCUUGGUCCGCCUCACAAGCGCCAUCAUCGCGAGUCUUUGGUGGCCGGCGUGCCUCCCAAAUCCCAGUCCCGUCGUCCGCGCCGCAGGUCACUCGACGUGUGGCUACUGCUCCGACACCACUCGCACGGCUGACCUCGCCCAAGAGACAGCGUCUGUGCUCCGACUCCUCGGCUCUUGCGGCAGUGAUGAAUCCGGUGGAGACAGCUGCAAGUCGCUUCUUCGCUCAACAGCCCACGCAGCCAAGUCCGUCAAUGCGAACGAAGUCGAAUCGGAGCAAAAAGGAGGAAUUUGACCUUUGGUCUGACGAU